CCAGUCAUCGUCGAGGACGCCACGCCACGUGAAUUCGAAACAUGUGAAUAGCCGGAAUUAACAACUUGAACAAGACGACCAUUCUACAUGCAUGGAGUUCUUCAACGACGUGGGUGGAGAUCCGCUCAAGCCCUCCUUGUUUGAAUUAGUUGCUCAAGAGCAGCUCCGUGACUUGCUUCAACCUGCUCUAAAGUAUGUACUUGCAGUGUUCGCUCAACGUUACCCCCGCUAUCUGAUUCGUAUAGUCAACCGCCAUGAAGAGUUUUAUGCCUUCAUCAUGUUUUUCGUCGAACGCCAUUAUCUCCGCAAACAUAAUGCAUCAUUUUCUGAGAAUUUUUACGGUCUGAAGAGACGCAGAAGACCUUGGAUAGCGACCGAACGAGCAAUAGCUGCUGUUGGUGGAAUACCAGCCGGUGAGAAGCUCAGAAGUCGCGAGAUCUGGCGGUCGUUAUUUCUCCUGAUUACUGUACCUUAUCUACGAGCGAAAGGGCAGGAUUACUACGAGUCGCUCGGUGGAGGCAUUGAUUCUGAUAUCCUGGAAGAUGGAGGUAGCGAAAGACAUAUACGAGAACUCACAGACGAGAGUAUGGCAGGCGUUUUACGCAGAAAGUUCAAAACACUAUACCCAUGGUUCAACAUCGGAUUUGAAGCAUGGCUUCUCGCACAUAAUGUAGCCUAUUUAUUCGAUCGUACGCCAUUCUAUCGCCCAUGGUUAGCUUGGAUAGGAGUCGAUCUCAGAAGACUCAAUAUGGAUGAUUUCCUUGCACAAGCGAAGCCAAAUGCUAUUUCCCCAACAAAGAGCGGUUUUUUAGCUGUAGUUCGACGGCUCCUGCUGCGAUCACCCCAACUACUGCUCGACUCCUUGAGGCUUCUCUUACCUACAGCCAUCUUUUUCAUCAAAUUCUUGGAAUGGUGGUACUCCCCGGGCUCCCCUGCGCGAUCAUUAUCCAUAUCCCCUAUUGGUCCAGCUAUCCCUCCACCUCAGAUCCUUCCACCGCAUCCCGCAGGGAUCACCAUCGACAACACAAAAUACGGAUACUGCCCGCUCUGCAAAGAGUUUAUUCACAAUGCCACAGCAUUGCCGUCUGGUUACGUAUUCUGCUACCGCUGCGUACACGACCACGUCGAGCAACAUGGUAAUUGCCCGAUAACACUCCUCCCCGCGAAGGCGUGGCAGCUCAGGAAAGUCUUGGUAUAAUUGACGCUCGCUUCCUGAGUCAUCUAUUUGCAUUGGUACAUCAUACCUACUAAUUUUGUGUGUUUUUUCGUAGUUAACUACCAAGAAUCAUAUGAAGAGUGUUCCUAUGACAUUCUUAGUUGCUAGGCCCUGGGGCG